AUGGCUGCGCAAGUACCUUUAGAUCGAAUCCCACCCACAACGACCGCCUACGUGAUCGCGACCGCCAUCCUCGCAGGCGUGACAGGCUAUUUCAUCGGCCAAGGUUCCUCGCUGAACCUCUUCAAAGAGAAGCAAGGCUGGCCGAACGGCUACGACGUCAAGGUUCACCGAGACUCCUCUGACGAGGAAGACGAAGCCGAAGCUGACGCCGAGUCGGAUGAGGAGACCGAGGACGAGGGCAAUGGCGAGGAGCUGGCCAAGUUCAAGGAUAACGUUGAAGAGGUGAAGUUGGUGCUAGUUGUGAGGACAGAUUUGGGUAUGACCAAGGGCAAAAUCGCCGCUCAAGCUUCCCAUGCGACUCUCGCCUGCUACAAAUACUUCCUCACACAUGCGCCCGACAGCCAGAUCCUGCGCCAAUGGGAGAACGGUGGCCAGGCCAAGAUUGCGCUGCAGAUCAAGGGCGAGGAUGAGCUGUUGACUCUCCAGGCGCAGGCUAUGAGCUUGGGCCUUUGCGCGCGUGUUAUUCAGGAUGCGGGCCGGACACAGAUUGCCAGUGGGAGCCGGACAGUAUUGGGUGUCUUGGGACCCAAGAGCAUUGUUGAUGGUGUAACCGGGCAUUUGAAGUUGCUGUAA